AUGAGUACCCUUUUUCAGUCGACUUUGAGAAACCCUUUCGAUCCUCCUCUCGAAUCUCUGUCGGGACCACGAGCCAUGCCUAUUCUGCACCAGAAUAACAACACCUCGCCCAAGUCGAGUCAUGAAGAUUCGAUGCAGGCGUCUUCUCCUGCUCCCUCGAACAUGGGUCCUCCUGCCCAGGGAACAAGCCCGGAAGUUGACCAGGGCAAUUCAGCCAACGGCGGCCGGGAGCAUGUUGGCUUGAGCAUGAAUAACGCUGCCGCCGGCGCCGUGGGAGCCUCGCAAGGCCCUAAGGUGGUUCAGACAGCAUUUAUACAUAAACUCUACAGCAUGUUAGAGGACAAAAGUAUCCAGCAUCUGAUAUCGUGGUCCAACACAAAUGAAAGCUUUGUCAUGUCACCCUCGACCGAAUUCUCUAAAGUGUUGGCGCAAUAUUUCAAACACACAAACAUAUCUUCAUUCGUCCGCCAGCUGAACAUGUAUGGCUUCCACAAAGUCAGCGAUGUCUUUCACACCGGAUCACCGGAUUCGGCGCUUUGGGAGUUUAAGCACGGGAACGGCAGUUUUAAGAAAGGUGACCUAAUGGGACUGAGAGAAAUAAAGAGACGUGCUUCGAGGCACACCUUGAUUCAUCGGGAUUCGUUCUCCAAUGCUAAAUCUGGGGCAUCACAACCCGGGACCCCAGCGGACAUGAUCUCAGACACUGACCAACGCCUUGCCAUGCUUGAAAAUACAUAUUGGGACAUACAAGCACGCCUGCAAAGGACAGAGGACAGAUGCCAGACAUUAACAGAAGGCAUGAUCCGAGUGCAUCAGUUAUCUCAAAACCUGACCAGCGCUGUGCAGACACUAUCGUCGCCAGAUUCCGCAUUAUACAAUGACAUUGCCAACAUGCAGAAAGAAAUAGCUCGUCAACUUGAGUUUGUCCGCGGCUUGGAGUCACAAUCAGAUACGUUGCACGUGGGCAGGCAAUCACUCUUUCCUAAUGGCGGUGCACUAGAACCACCCGUCUCUCCUCGAGGAUAUAACUACCCUGACAGCCGAAGGUCAUCGAUUCAAAUUGAACCACAGCAUGUCGGGUUGCGACCGCCUGUUCCUCCGCUUCCCCAUUUUCCCUCUUCACCACGACGAUUCGGAUCGGUGAGUAUACCGCAUCCAUCUCCAGGCUUCAGUCGACCUGCGCUGCCCACGCAGCCACCUCCUAGCGUACACCCUUUGGCCUCUGUGUCCACUCCCCCGCCUCUGAAUCUCGCCCGGAGACACACGUCAGCUGAUAUCCGGGAGCACGGUUGGCCUCCAUCAACUGACAACGGGAAUGGAUCGCCAUAUGCAUCUGGACAAUCGUCUGUGCAUUGGCAGCCGUCAUCCCCUCAACAAGGCCCACAGGCAGGGGAUCGACAACUUCAGGACCAGUUGGCACGAUACGAGAUCAAUGGGUCUAAAAGGCACGCAACGACUGCAAAUCAACCAACUCCACCGCUGACCUCGUCGUCCGAGGCACCGCCCGCUGGUUUGGGUGUAGAGAACGUCUUGUGGACGCCCGCCUCGAGUAAAUUUCCGCGACCCAACUUUGAGCUACAUUCGGCUCCUGCGACCCGUCGAGGCAGUAUGGCGACUCUCCAAUUACUGCUCAACCCGGCCGAAACGGCGGAACAAGAGAACGAGGACGAAGGCAACGAUGAUCGGAAAAGGAAACGACUGGUAUGA